AUGAAAUCAAUUAAAUUUACAUACAAAGCAAAGACUUAUUUGUAGAUAGAAGGUGUAGAAUCUUCCUCUUAAUAUGCCAAUAAAUCUAUCUUUUGCUCAGUUUACAGAAAUUAAGAAAAGUAUUAUUGGAGCUCAAUUGGAUCCGAAAAUGAAUAAAAUUAAGAAUAUUUAAUCUAUAAACUUACUGGGAAUAAAGAUUCUUAAAAAGCAUUGAUAACUUCAGUUGUACUCUAAUUUAGGACUGUGAAAUACGCAUUCAAGAAAAUCUCUUUUACAUCAAAGUAAAUUCAAAUAGAAAUUGGAGAUGAGUUUGAUAAAUAUCACUAUAAAAGCAGAAAUUUUGAUGUUUAAUAAGAGAAUGGGAAUAAACAGACAUUUUCAAUUCUUCCUGAUGUAGUAUGCGGUGAAUUUAUAAAGAUAACCUUAUUAGGGAUUCCAAUAAAAUCAAGAGAUACUUGGCUUCAUCACAUUUAACUCAAGUAUAUUGGAAUUCGAGGUUAAAUAAUAAAUUAUUCAGACAAUAAUGAUGCCAUUAAAUGA